AUGGUGGUUUCUUAUAAUAAUAAUAAUAACUCACUACCUCCUUUUGCUUCUUCUGAUGACUCUACCAUGUACCAGCACUCCAAUUCUUCCGGUCAUUAUCGAGACCCUUAUUUGAAUGAUCAGCAAGCCUUUGGUGAUGCUACGUACCCUAUGAAUGGCGGUUUUACUCUUUUGCCAUCCGACUUUACGCGGGAUCCAAACGAUUCUUUCCUUUAUGAAAAUAGCGGUUUCUUGGACUACCAUCCAAUUCAACAGCAACCACCACAGUUUCAGGUGAGCCAGCAAACCGAAUCGCAACAGCAACGGCUUCUACAAGAGCAAAAUUUUGGAAUGGGCAACGAAAAUAUUCAAAGCAACAACCAUUAUUUUGAAUAUGAAAGAUCUUCUAAUGAAGUUUCCCCAUUCGGCGAUGAAAAUCCAAAUGCGGUGUCUGAUAGCAUUUCUCCCAUUGUUAGGGCAACCGCCACCGCCGUAACCAACGCAAAUGCUCCCUUGUCAGUAAAUUCACAAGCCAACAAUCCUUUGAAUUUUACUUCUGCUCCAACCAGAACUGUCUAUUUAGGUAAUGUACCACCACAUCUGACAGUAAAAGAACUUUUAGAUCAUGUUAGGAGCGGUGUCGUGGAAGACGUUAAAAUCAUACCUGAAAAGAUGUGCGCAUUCAUAUCCUUUGUCGAUGAGAGUGCAGCACUAUUGUUUCAUUCGGAUGCAAUUUUAAAGCGUUUAAAUAUUGGUGAUAGAGAUAUAAAGAUUGGUUGGGGUAAACCAACCCGCAUUGAUCCUAUUGUGGCUGCGAGAAUAACUACCGAUGGUGCGACAAGAAACGUAUACAUUGGUCGUAUGACAGUCGAAGGUGAGGAAUCUCAUUUAUCUGAAGAGCAAUUGAGAGCCGAUUUACAAGAGUAUGGCGAAAUUGAUUGUAUAAAAAUCAUCAAAGAAAAGGGAAUUGCCUUUAUUCAUUUUGCAUCUAUUCUAAAUGCUAUAAAAGUGGUUACGAAUCUACCAAUAAGAAACGCAUAUUACCAAAAUAAGAGAAUAUUCUAUGGGAAAGAUAGAUGCGCGUUUAUCACCAAAACGCAGCAACAUAACGCAGCUCAAUUUCUAGGUGUUCAACCCGGGAUGGAACACAUGAUAGAAUUUUCUGAUCGUGAGUUUAUAUCGAGCGCCUUGUUACAACAAUCAGCGGCCGCUGCGGCAAUUGCCACAUCAGCCGGAGGCCCCAAUAACUUGGGUAACAGAACUGUUUAUCUAGGCAGUUUGCCUAAAGAUGUUAAGAUUGAAGAAAUAUGUAACGCGGUUCGUGGCGGCUUAUUACAGAGUAUAAAGCUCUUGAAUGAUCGCUACGUGUGCUUCGUCACCUUCAUUGAUCCUACUGCUGCCGCGCAGUUUUAUGCGAUGAGUUCUUUGUAUGGAUUCACAGUUCAGAAAAAACGUUGCAAAGUCGGCUGGGGCAAGCACUCCGGCCCACUGCCCAAUGCUCUUGCCUUGGCAGUCAGUAACGGCGCGUCAAGAAACGUUUACGUGGGUAACAUUGAUUUUGCUAGCGAUUCCUUAAAUGAUGAACGUAUCUUCACGGAAAACAAUUUGAGAAGUAUUUUCCAACAGUACGGGGAAGUAGAGCAAAUCAAUUUCUUACCUGAGAAAAACUGUUGCUUUAUUAAUUAUACCAAUAUCAGCAAUGCAAUUCUGGCUUUAGACAAGAUCAAGUCCAACCCAUAUUUCAAAGAUCUCAAAAUCAAUUUUGGUAAAGACAGAUGCGGUAACGUGCCCCACCAAUCUCGUUAA